GGACGCGCAGUCCGAGGGAAGGAAGGAGGUUUGGGGGGAAACUUUGGGACAUGCGGCGUUUUCUGCAAACUUGUCGCCAACUAAACCGCAUCGGAGCAGAAAGAGGAGCGGAGAUGUAGACUGACGUGAAGAGCCGUUCAUUCCUAUUGAUCCGUUAUCGAGGAGCCGUAACGAUGCGGGCAGCUGCAACUGUGCUGAGCGUUUUCCUCAGCUUGGACUUCCUGUCAGCUCAGUCCCAGACAGACCGCAUAAACAGCAGCAACGCUGAGACUGGUGAGACUGGGAGGAAGAAUCAGCCGCACAUCAUCUUUAUUCUGAUCGACGACCAAGGCUACAACGACAUCGGCUACCACAACCCCAACAUCAUGACCCCAACUCUGGACAAACUGGCAGCAGAGGGUGUGAUACUGGAGAACUACUACGUUCAACCGAUCUGCACGCCGUCACGGAGCCAGCUGAUGACCGGCAGAUAUCAGAUCCACACAGGAUUGCAGCACUCCAUCAUCAGACCCAGGCAGCCCAGCUGUUUGCCCUCACACCUGGACACGCUGCCUGAGAGGCUCCGCCAGGCCGGGUACGCCACACACAUGGUGGGCAAGUGGCACCUGGGCUUCUACAGGAAGGCCUGCCUGCCCACCAGAAAAGGUUUUGACUCUUUCUUUGGUUCGUUAACAGGAAGUGUGGAUUAUUACAGCUAUCGGUCCUGUGACGGCCCUGGUUUGUGUGGCUACGACCUGCAUGACAAUGAGAGCGUCGCCUGGGGCCAGGAGGGAAAAUACUCCACGACGCUGUUCACCCAGAGAGCCAGGAAGAUUCUGGAGAGCCGCAGCCCGACGGACGGGCCGCUCUUCCUGAUGCUGUCCCUCCAGGCAGUUCACACUCCUCUGCAGCCCCCCAAGUCCUACAUCUACCCCUACCACAACAUGGCCAACGUCGCCAGGCGGAAGUUCGCCGCCAUGGUUUCCACGGUGGACGAAGCCGUCCGAAAUGUGACCUAUGCCCUCAGGAAGUACGGCUACUACAGGAACACUGUGAUCAUCUACUCCACUGACAAUGGAGCCCAGCCUUUCACUGGAGGGAGCAACUGGCCGCUACGAGGCAGGAAGGGCACGUAUUGGGAGGGCGGGGUGCGUGGCGUGGCGUUUGUCCACAGCCCGCUGCUGAAGCGAAGGAGGCGGGUCUCCAGAGCUCUGCUCCACAUCACGGACUGGUUCCCCACACUGGUAGGACUGGCCGGCGGCAACAUAACCCAGAGCCAAGGUCUGGACGGGUUUGACGUUUGGCCCGCAAUCAGCGAGGGGAAGGAGUCUCCACGAAAAGAGAUUCUCCACAACAUCGACCCGCUGCACAAACAUCCGACUGAAACCAAGAGCCGGGACGACAAGCCCAGAAAGAAAGCAGCUGCAAAAAUCCCGUCCAAAGGAGCUGCGUUGCAAAACCCGAAGAAGCAGAAGAAAGUUCUGAAGCAGAAACUGGAUAAAAAGUCUGGAUUCAAGUUAAAAACCACCAAGAAACCUCAGAUUUUUUCCCAUGAGGCUGCAAAGAAAUCCAAGCCUGUUCCCAAGCUGAAGCUGAAGUCUGGCCCAAAGACGAAACCAGAACCCGAGCUGCAGCCUGGAAUCCAGUCCGGCGGCGCUCCAUCUGGCGCUUUCCACCGCAAAUCCAAAACCAAAUCCAAGAGAACCACGUCACAGAACCACAACCAGUCCCAGUCCAGACCGGCUCACACCAAACCAAAGAAACCGCUCAAAGAGCAGCUAACGCCAAAACCCAAGCAGACCUUCGUCCAGAACCAGAACACAUCUCAGUCUGGAACCUCCACACCAUCUCCGCUGUGGGACACGUCUGUCCAGGCCGCCAUCCGGGUCGGAGAUUGGAAGCUGCUGACUGGAGAUCCGGGUCACGGAGACUGGGUCCCUCCACAGAUGCUUCCCACUCUUCCCGGCCGCUGGUGGAACCUGGAGCGUUCCUCCUCGCCGCUCUCCAAGCCGCCCAGCCCGAAGAGCGUCUGGCUCUUCAACAUCGCAACCGACCCGUUCGAGCGGCGGGACCUGGCGGACCGGAGGCCAGACGUGGUCCAGCAGCUGCUGGAGCGGCUCGCCCACUACAACCGGACCGCCGUGCCGGUGUACUUCCCCCCCGACGACCCGCGGGCCAACCCAAACCGGCACGGUCGGGCCUGGGCGCCCUGGGCGGACGGAGAGGAGGAGGCGAAAUACCAGGGAGUUUAUAAGAAAGGUAAGAACGCCAAGAAGAAGAGGAAGAAGAAGAAGUGCCGGCUGUGCAAGCUGAAGUCGUUCUUCCUCAAACUGAACACGGGGAUGAUGUCCAACGGCAUCUGAGGGCCUGAAGUAACACCAGAGACUCUGAUUUAUAGUUGCUAUUCAAAAUGUCUGGUAUUUUAUGUCCAGGGUGGAUUAAAAAUGAGAUGUUCUUUGGCCAUUUGGACCUUUAAAACGUUGGUUCACUCACAUAUCUGAGCUUAAUAGACGGUUUAAUGUUUCACAUAUAAAUAGAAAAUCCUCAAGUUUAUUUACCUCUGUCAAUCAGAUUAAAAUGUGUGAAAUAUUUCAAACAUUCAUUUCUGUUUAUCAUGAUUACAAACCCCAAAAAUUUGUUUCUCAGAAAAUUGUAACCAAUUUGAAACGUCAGCCUCCUGAAACGUACAUCCAAUUACAGCAUUUGGUUGGGACAGAAAACUGUGGUGGACACACGUUAGCUAAUGUGCUAGUAGCAGAGCUAACUUUUUAUUUUAGAGUUUUGGCUAACUUUGAAAACAUUUAGCAAACAUUUAUAUUAAUGCUCUUAUUUUGAAGUGUUUACGCAGCAGUUCUGUUUCCUCUCUUCCUACAAUAACUAUUUCAAAGAAAAAACAUGGACGAAGUCGACGUGGAACAAACUAACUCACUCACUCUUUGGUUACCUAGCAACGACCGGCUGGGUAAUCAGCAGUUUCAAGUUCCGCCCAACGGUUACCUAGCAACAAGCUGUUGAGUAACUGGCGCAGCAGCAGUUUAAUGUUUUAUCACUCUGCCUGCUUAAAACU